CACAGGUGUAGGGGGGGAAAGCCAAGGAGUAAGGCGCCUUCCCUGGCUCUGCAUUCCUUCACCCCUCCUUUCCUCCCUCCCUCUCUCUCUCUCUCUCGCUCUCUCUCUCUGUCUCUCUCUCUCUCUCAUCCUCCGAAGGGAAUCUCGCAUUUCUCCCGCUCAGGUCUUCGCAGCUGUCGCCAAGCUGGGAUCGCCGCAGAGAAGAGUCCCUGCUUGGUGAGAGAGAGACCCCUCCCGUCUGACUGCCAGUCCCCCCAUCACCUAGGCCCAUGUACCCCGAACCCACCACAGACUCGCCGGCCCGCCUCUCCCUUCGUCAGACGGCCUCCCCGGGCAUGAUCUACAGUGCUCGAUAUGGGAGCCCCAAGCGACAGCUGCAGUUCUACAGAAACCUCGGGAAAUCAGGGCUGAGAGUGUCCUGCCUUGGCCUAGGAACAUGGGUCACCUUUGGGGGUCAGGUCACUGACGAGACUGCAGAGCAGCUGAUGACACUGGCAUACGAGAACGGGAUCAACCUGUUUGACACGGCCGAGGUCUAUGCCGCAGGAAAAGCUGAGGUGGUUUUGGGGACCAUAAUAAAGAAGAAAGGUUGGAGGCGAUCCAGCUUGGUCAUCACCACAAAGAUCUUCUGGGGUGGAAAAGCAGAAACGGAGAGGGGUUUGUCCAGAAAACAUAUCAUAGAAGGUCUCAAGGCUUCGCUCGAACGGCUGCAGCUCGACUACGUGGAUGUGGUCUUUGCCAACAGGCCGGAUCCCAACACACCUAUGGAGGAGACGGUGCGGGCCAUGACCCACGUCAUCAACCAGGGGAUGGCCAUGUACUGGGGCACGUCUCGCUGGAGCUCCAUGGAGAUCAUGGAGGCGUACUCAGUGGCACGGCAGUUCAACCUGAUCCCGCCAAUCUGCGAGCAGGCUGAGUACCACAUGUUCCAGCGCGAGAAGGUAGAGGUCCAGCUGCCUGAGCUCUUCCACAAAAUAGGUGUGGGCGCAAUGACGUGGUCACCGCUGGCCUGCGGAAUCAUCUCAGGGAAAUACGACAGCGGGGUGCCCCCGUACUCGCGGGCCUCUUUGAAGGGCUACCAGUGGCUGAAGGACAAGAUCCUGAGUGAGGAAGGCCGACGCCAGCAGGCGAAACUGAAAGAGCUGCAGGUCAUCGCCGAGCGGCUCGGCUGCACUCUGCCGCAGCUCGCCAUUGCGUGGUGCCUUCGUAACGAGGGGGUGAGCGCAGUGCUACUGGGGACCUCCAGCACAGACCAGCUCAUGGAAAACAUAGGAGCAAUACAGGUGCUUCCGAAGUUGUCGUCCUCCAUCCUGCACGAGGUGGACAGUAUCCUAGGCAACAAGCCGUACACCAAGAAGGACUAUCGGUCCUAACGAGGGGGCGGAGCCGACACGGCGUCCCGAUGACAUCAUCUGUUUGUCCGUUGACCUUGUGCGGGGGAAACUGGGACAGGAGAGCCUCACAUCUUUUGGUUCCGAAGGUGAUGUCUUUUCGUGGGACAAACUUAAAAGUAUCCCCUGUAGAUGAAGUGAUUAGCUGGGAAUAGGUCAAGAUAGGUCAAAAAUGAAAUGUAUUUGUACAUAAUUUAUAAUGGGUUAAAUUUAGAAAAAUGCAGGUACUUUUAAACCAUAGAGGGGAAAAAAAACUACCAAAAAGCACGUGCUUACUCAGCGGUUCUACAUUUCUCUCUUUUUUUCUUUCGAUACGCUCGAAAAACAAGAGAAUUAAUGCAAGGAAACUCAACGAAAGCAUCAAUUGAAAAAGACGCUCUUGACCCACGUCUGAGACACUCGUGAUUCAAUCUUUUUAAAUUCGUUUUCAACACAGCGGGACUUCUUAAGGGAGAUCCAGCAACACCGCCGCCGUAAAAUCAAACAUACCUUUGGUUUCUGCUCACUCAGCAGCCCUGUGAAAUCACCCAGCCCUCCAGUACACACACACACACACACACACACACAUCAGCACUCUGCAAGGCCAUAAUGUCAGCAACUGAGUCAAACUGCCUACGUUGCCCCAGUAGCGGCUCUUUCUGUUCACCGUUGAAGCUGUUGUGUUUCUUUUAUUAUUAUUUAUUUAUUUAUUUUUCACAGGAGCAACUUGUCUCUGCUCUUAGCGGUCUGGAAGUGGCUGUUUUAUAUUCUCUCGACAACAUGCAGACAAGUUCUCCUGAACACGUCGACUUGAUGUUAAUACAGGCCAUUUGUGUAUCGCCUCCCCUGUUAGACUCUCCGAAACUGAGCCGAGGAUCAUAGAAUGAAUCUUAUUGACAGGUUCACUCUUUCAGUGUUAGACCACAUCGCAAAGAAUUGUACUUUUUUUCAGGUGAGGACAAAAAAGGUAUAAAUGAUAAAAUCACUGUCGUGAGAUACAGAACGGCUGGGGAUAUAAUGGGAUAUAAUACCAUUUCCUUCCUGCUUACAUGCUUCUCAUGACUUUAUUUGCUCUAUUUUGUGGGAAAUAUGUCUCCAGUAUUAGUAGCCACACACCUGUAUGUGAUAAACACGGGGUGAGCCUGGUUGUGGAUUUUUUUUUUUUAAAAAAAAAAAGUCUUCCUUUUAUUGUAUUAUUUAUGACAUUAUUUUGUUCAGUUAUUUUUUCACUUAUUAUUUUUAUUUGACUUUGGCUCCCCUGUAUAACAUCACAAUGUGAAGACAAUAAUUGGAAGUUAAAUGAAAGAAAAAUUAAUGACUCCAGCAAGAGAAUGCGUAGUAUGGUGUAACACAGCGAGCUCCUUGACUGACACUAGCAUUUAAAUGAGCGUUUUUAUUACUGAUCUAUGCAUGUGUAUUCUGUCAAUAUUAUCCC